UUGUACCGUGAUUGUUCCUAAAUGGCUAAAAAUUCUUAUAGGUAUCUUUUAAUUUUAUUCCGGGAUGCGCCUGUAGAGGUUUGGGCAAUGACCAAGACUCCAAUUAUGCUAAGAUCAUUAGCUCUUCCCUUCACCGUCCUUGAAUGGACACUACCAACAGUUCCCCAUCCAACACAAAAUAAACCUUCAAAGAGCUCGUCAUUUUUAUCUAGAGAUCAGGCAGGCGGACCCACUGGGACCUUGUCUCCAACAAAGGCAUCUUCAACAGAUUCCAAGGAAGCAGGAGGCGAUGGAUCUCAAGAAGAAUUUUCAGAAAGUUUUGCAUUUGCAUUGGUAAAUGGUGCACUUGGAGUUUUUGAGGUUCAUGGACGAAGGAUUCGAGACUUCAGGUAUGUUUUUCUUUGAUUUAGGUUUGUGGAU